AUGAGCACCCUCGACUAUCAACUCUCCGAUGACGGGGCAACAGCACUACACAAGAGACUCGUUGAUGCUGUCGCUGACCCCGUCAAGAGUAUUCCUGGAGCCGUGGUCUGCGUGGUCAACAAUUCUGGAAAAUUGAUCUUCUCAGAAGCACAAGGGAAGAUAGGUUCGCAGAGUCCCGAACCUAUGGAGUUGGACACGAUCUUUUGGCUGGCAUCGUGCUCCAAGUUGAUCCUAAGCAUAGCUUGUAUGCAGCUUGUCGAACGUGGUCUGCUCAACCUGGAUGAUCCGGAUCAGGUUGAACUACUGUGUCCCAGGCUGAAGGCGGUCCAGAUUCUCAAGCAAGAUUCCAACGGUGAACUUGGGAGAGGAUUGGCAUUAUGGCGUACGGUCCCGGCGUUCUUGGAUUCGGAUAUCGUCAGAGAGGCUAACGCUGUCCAAUUCAACAAUGAAUGGGUAUCCCUCAUGGUAGAGCUUGCCAGUGGCCAAAGAAUGGAAGACUACUUACGCAACAAUAUCUUUGAACCUUUGGGCCUCGGAAAUGCAACUCUGUUUCCAAACGAAGUCAUGCAGAAGAAGCUGACUAAGAUGAAUCACCGCUCUCCAGCGGACGGAAGUCUCAAAGAGGGCCGUCACUUCAUGCAGUCCAUUCUUGACAUUGCCAAUGAAGACGAUAAAAGUUCAGCAUUUCAAAAUGCUGCUGGAGGGAUAUUUGCUCGACCCGUUGAAUAUUGCGGUAUAAUCAACCUCCUGCUACAGUCUUUUCCGACUAAUGUGAUUUCGAUGACAGAAAUCAUUGCCACGCUGCUCAACGGUGGGCUCUCUCCUACAACAAAUGCGCGUAUCCUUCGGAGCUCCACGGUAGACAUAAUGUUCCUGAACCAGAUACCUCAAUUCCCCGAUUUUGCGCGCAAGGGCAUUCCUUCUGCGCUCCGGGAGGACACAAACCCCAUUCCAGAACUAUAUCCCAGCCAACCUCAUCACCAGCCCCAAGGCUGGGGCCUCAGCUUCAUGCUGACCUUGGAACCAACGCCUCAAGGACGCGGCCCCUUCUCAGCUAGUUGGGCGGGAAUGGCAAAUUGCUAUUGGUGGGCAGACAGACAUAAAGGCGUGGGAGGCUUUGUAGGGACCCAAAUUGUCCCCUUUGCCGGUGAGUCCUGUUCACCUUACACUGCUUAG